AUGAAAUUAGCUAAUUAUAUUAAAGUAAGUCCACAUCCAUUAUUUCUUGUUCAAUGUCUUGCUAGUUUAACAUAUUCAAUAUUCUCAAUUGUAGUUUAUAUUAUGUUUGGAAAAUAUAAAUGGAAACAACGUCAUACUUAUUUAAUUUCAGCUACUCUUAAUUUUGGUCUUAAUUUAACAUUAAUUAUUGUUCAUACAACUUUACAAAAUAAACAUCAAUUUUUUCUUCAACGGUGGCGAAAUCGAAAUACAACUAUUUAUGAUAGUUGUGUAAAAGCUAUUCAAACUUCAUAA